CGAUUGUGUAAGUUUGUCGUUGAUUGGGUCGCAGUAUUGUGGUAUUUAUGUGUGCAUAAUACGACCUUGUUGUCGCUUUUAACUGUUGAGUCAAGUGUGCUAACACUGGAGCUAGAGGCCUAGCUGGCUACAUAGCUAGCGUUAGCAUAGUUUUUAUAAUUUGUGGAGCUUCGUUUGAACGACACGUUAGGUCCACUCCGUAACUAUAGUCUCGGGUGUGUGUUUUCUUGAAUUGGUGGCCACUAGCUUUGCGUUAUGGUGAUAAGUCAUUGGGUGUGAUUCUGGUACGCCUGUUGGUCGAUCAAAUGGUCCCGUGUCAAAUCUAAAAUGAAGAUCCGAUUUCGGAAACCAUUACACACUUCUGUGACGGCAUGCUCGAGGUUCGUGGAAGGUGUAGAUUAGGUCAAAGUAAUGGCCAAGGGUUGCACGUCAUCGGUGUAUACACACUUGUAGUGCUGUACAUUGUAUGUGGACCACUUUAAGUUGUAAGUCUUUGGUUUGAGGGGUUUUCGUCUUGGUCUUGCAGGAUAUAUCUAUAUGGAUGGGCAACCUGGAAACCUUAUUGAUUGUUUUGUGUACUUGUUCUUUGCUUGUUCUGGGGGCAAGACUCAUGGCCCAGUAAACAUUGUUUUUUGCAACAUAUAUGAUAUGUUAGUUAAAGGUAAGUAUCUAAAGGCUAUGCUUAGCCAUGUCAACUCAUUUAAUUUACACAGUUAAAUCAUAAUGAUUGAAGGAAUUACAAUGUUGCGGUAUAAUUUAUAGAACUAUAUCAAUGGUUAUGUUUAACUAAUUUAACUAAUAUGUCCUAUGUGCUUGUAUACAACCUUUUUAUUAAAUGUCUCAUUUGUAAUUAAGAAAAAUAUUUAAUCUUGUCUUUCUCAUGCAGUGCAUAUUGGUUUCACUAUAGUACGCUUAAAGUCACAGAGAGAAAUACUUACUCAACAUAUCUGCAGAAAUACACUACUGUACCAGUAUUAAUUUUUUACCUUCACAAUUGAGAAGGUAUUUGUGAAAUUCUUUCAUGGUGAGGCAUUUUUGGGUAAAGUGAAAGUUUAACUUAUGAUUCAUGUUCUUAGUGUUCUCUGUUAAUUUUCAGUUCCACCACUGGAUUAUCUGGACUGCACAACAAGGGUUGAUGUGGUAACCAUAUCAAAUGAAAUGCAGUGGAUGUCAAGCAACUAUGGGUGCCGUGGUUCCUUGAAGAGCAGGGGUGUUGUAGUGAUGGAGAGGGGCAGUGUGAGAGAAGAGCUUCCCUCACCGGCAACGGGUUGGGAAGCAGUUCAUGUUGGUUUCAGCCGACAGGCAUCCAUGAACAACUGCCACCUAAAAUCACUGCUGUGGAAGUAGUUGUGAAGCGCAAAACCUGGAUGCAGGAUUGGUUGGAUCAAAAGGGAACAGUCAUGGAAAGGUGGUCAGUUUGGUUUAUCUGCCAUGUUUGGGAGGAGACAUGUUUAGUCAGGGUGAACUAAAUCAGCUUUGUUUAAGUGGCAUGUGUAUUUACACAGUUCUAGGAGUUACUUAGUGUGACCAACAAGUACAGAAUGUCACAGACAUUGUCUCAUUAGAGAAAGGAAUGCAUUGCAUGCCACUAGUUGGCACUGAUAGAUCUGGGGCUAAGGGUGUCAUCUAGCUGCGUGCAUAGCAAAUACUUAAUGGGUGAUGGCACACAACAGCUGACAAAUACCACUAUAUACACAUGGAUUGACAACUGAUUGGAUUUUUGUGUCUGAAGGUCAGAAGUCUCUGGCUUCAAGUGUUUUUCUUGAACAUUAGCGUCAUUGAAUUCUUUAAUUCUGGAACAAAUAUUCACGUGGACUUAAAAAUUUCUCACAAAGCUUAUUUGAGGCCACUUGAAUGUGAAGAUUGCCUCAAGGGAAUUCUGGUCUGAUUUGCAUGCCUGGUUUGCGGGUUGUUCAUCUGUCCACAAUUUUUUAGAUGUGAUAUCUCAAGAAGGACUUUGGACUUGGGAGUGAAAUGAUUGGACUGUGGUGUCACAGGUCAAGGUCACCAUGACGUCACAACCUUUUUUGAUCUUGUAAAUUUCAGUGAAACAGUAGUUUUUGUAGUUAAGAUUUCUGUUGAUGUGGUUGUAUAAGAUGGUCUGACAAAAUGAAUCCAGGCCAAGAAGGUAAAAGAUUGUGGCUGACAAUACUGUCUAUUGGUGGUUUGUGUUAAGGUUUGGGCUACAUUUUUUUGAAUGUAGUGGUGAAUGCUGUCUCAUAUUUUUAAAAAUAUCUUGGAAUUGUGAUCAAGUGUAGACACUUGAGAAGAACUUGACUGCUUGUGUCACAAAUAAGAUGUAAUAAGAUUAUGGUAUUUUAUGGAAUUUUGCUGCCAUUUUAUAACAGUGGAUGUGCAGUUGAUAUUUUUUAAAAGGGUUUCCACUGGUGUGUUAGCUUUGGUAAAUGUUGACUCAUUACAGUUAAUGAUCGAUCUGAAUCUUUCUGUUUUAUCUGUUUUUGGGUGGCUGUUGUCUACCCUGUCACUUACGCCAUUUACUUUACAGUGCUAUUCAGAUUCAAGAGUGUUAUAUUGGAAUAGCAGAGAAGUCAGUCAAAGGCAGAGAAGCCCGAUAGUUAGCAAUAAUACUAUUCUAUACCCUUCUGUCUGCAGGUGCUGUUAUAUGUGCGUCAGCAUGGCAGUCGUCAUCCGUUUACAGAGACUAAAUGUCACAGCUGGUACUGAGGAUAUUCGCAAGUUCUUCACUGGCCUCAAAAUUCCAGAUGGAGGGGUGCAUAUAAUUGGUGGGGAUCAAGAAGAAGCUUUCAUUAUCUUUGCCACGGAUGAAGAUGCAAGAAGAGCAAUGUCACGGUCUGGGCAUUGUAUCAAUGGUACACCUGUAACACUGCUACUCAGUAGUAAAUCAGAGAUGCAGACAAUGCUUGAAAGAAGUACAAAAAUUGUGGAGCUGGAACAAAGGAACCGAUUUGAAGAGAACGAAAGGCCCACUAGAAGAUCUUUGGGCUCUGAGGUGGGAAGAUUGGGUCAUACCUCAUCUCCCAACCACCAGACAGCUUCAAAAUGUGACGAUGGCUUGUUGGUAUUUUUAAAAGGAUUGCCUUUCUCUGUGACUGAGAAAGAAAUUCAUGACUUUUUCAGUGGUUUACUUAUCGAUGAAAUUGUCUUGGUGAAAAAUAAGAAGGGGUCGAACAAUGGAACAGGUUUUGUCAAAUUUGCAACAAGAGAGGAUGCGAUUGAAGGCCUCAAGAGAGACCGGGAAUACAUUGGGUCGAGGUAUAUUGAGCUCUCCAUGACAACAGCAUACGAUUGGUAUCGCAAUACUGGCAGACCUCCAAUGGCUGACAACAGGAACGAAAACUUUGUGAGGGAGAGAUCACCCAUUCGUAAUCAGAGAAUUCAACAAGAUCACCAUGCCAAGUCACAGUCACCUAUGGCCCAGAUGCUCAUCACUCCUGGCAAUGAGUACUGUGUUUUGGUUGACAAUCUGUCUUAUGCUGUGGGGAAAGAAGACAUGAAAAAGCUUUUUGAUUUUGCAAAGCUUGAGGAUGAUCAGAUCUUGCACUUGAUGGACAGUGAGGGGAGAAGAACAAGAUCUGCCUUUGUUCUGUUCAAGAAUCAGCGUGACUAUUGUGAGGCUUUGGCUAAUGAGAAAAGACAGUUUUUCCACCGAUAUAUUUUUACCCGCCCAAUCUCAAGAGAGAACAUGAUGACCCUUCUGGAGUCUCACUGCAUGGAUGUCCAACCUCCUGGAAAUUCGCAAGAGUUUUCAGAGAGGCCCUCAUCUUACCCCAGUGAUCACUAUGACUCUGAGAAAUUGUGUCUGUUUGUGCGAAACUUGCCAUUAGAUGUGAGAAAAGUUGAGAUCAUGGACUUCUUUCUUGGGUUUAAUAUCACUGAGGAUAAGGUCUUCUUGCUGUUUGACCAUAAUGGUGCUGGGGUGGGGAAGGCUUUGAUUCUUUUCCGAUCUGAGGCAGAGGCUACAAGGGCACUCUCUCUAAAUGGUCAACGGUUUCUUGGGUCAGAAGUCAUUCUGAAAUGCAUUACACGUUCCCAGAUGAAGCAGUUGGGUGUUGAACCGCCAAUGGUCCAAGAGCCAUUGUCAAGAGAGGAGCGCUAUUCUGGCAGGAGCAGAGCGUCGUCCUAUCACUCUGACAGUGAUCGGACAGAGUUCCCUGAUUACAGGAUGUCUCGUGAUGGUAAUAUACCAGUAACUGAUGAACUGACUCAGUUCCAGGGAGACUAUGAUUAUGAAACUCGUUCGGGCACUCGUGGUCCACAUGGCAGGGGUAAUGGUGUACGCGGUGAUGUUCGCCCCUCUUCGCAACCCUUUGAUGGUCCAACCUGUGUACGAUUGGUCAACCUGCCAUUCCAAAUAAGAACAGAAGAAAUAUAUGAUUUUUGCCAUGGGUAUCAAAUUAUCCCUGGAUCCGUCUCACUGCAGUUUGACCAGAGUGGAAAACCUACAGGCACUGCAACUGUUGUGUUUCAGUCUCGUUCAGAGGCCAUGACGGCAGUGGAGGAACUAAGUGGAAGACCCAUAGGUCCAAGAAAAAUAAAGCUUUUGUUUGUUUGAAUACAUGUGCCCUCACAAUUUGGCUUGGACAGAAGCCAAAUUGAAAUUUUGAUUUCAACAGCAAAGUUGCUGUUUUAUUUCUCUUUGAAAAUGACAUGGUUUUGGGAUUUGCUAAUACAGCAAUUUGACUACAUUUAUUUUUCUCAUUCAUUUUUUUGUAAUUGUAAUGUUGGAAAAUUGUGAAUUUCAUUUAUGCCAUUAUACCCUUUUAGUAGUUUGUUUUGGAAGUGUUUUUUUGUUUUGUUUUUUAAUGAAAACAAAUGUGUAUUGUCAGAUUUUGUGCAAACAAAUGUUGCUUAACAAAAACCUGUAAAUAAAGUGUUCUGUUCAUCGAG